AAAUCGACGAGCCCCCGCACCAACUGAGCCCGGAAAAAAAAGGAAAUAAAAGGUUUCUGUUUUUUGAUUUCUAUUUGAUUUGUUUGAACUGGCUGGACGGAGUGAACAAAACUAAAAAAAAACGUGGUCUUAAAAAAGGCCUCCAUGUCGGCCCACCAGAGAAAUCGACGAGCCCACGCACCAACUGAGCCCGAAAAAAAGGGAAAUAAAAGCUAUCAUGGAAAAAAAAGAAAAGCACGUAAACCCUUCGCGAGCCCCCACAGGCAGAGAAAAAAACAAAGACUCCGUCCCCCCUCCCCAGUCAGCCGCCACAGACCCCCUCUCCCCUCUGCAAGAACCCACCCUCCUACACUUAUUCCUAGAACCCUAACUUUUCUAUCAAGUAAAAACAACAAGCCUGCGUCGUCUGCACUAGAUGGACGCGAUGCAGGGCUCCCAAGAACAAAAGGAAAACCAUAUCGACGAGUCUGCGAAAGAAUCAAUGGAUGCAUCAGGGAAUACGUACCAAGCACCGCGUGCAUGAUGUCAUUGUCGAUCCAGAUUCAAGUAUUUUGUCUGAUGAUCAUGAGAUUGAAGAUCCUUAUAUGCCAAUGCAGCCCAAUCGCUAUGGCAGUAAUGCUGUGAGUUCUGAAGAACAAGUCUAUGGGACAUUUACUGAAAUGCUACAACAGCCAAUGAAUUCAAAAUACACACAGUUCUUCCAUGAACCAAUGGGAUCAGAGAACAGGAUGUUCAUGAUCACUGGCCAUGAUGGGCGUUCAGAUGGUGCUGACGGGAAAGCAGUUAAUGAAAUAGAUGAUGAAGAAGAAGAGCUUUAUCAGCAUCCUGGUUCUCAUAUAGCGCAAGACAUUCAAGUUGCACACACACCCUCUGCGGCCUCUGGAAAUUUGUCAAGUUUGACAACACAGCAAACAGGAGCAUGUCCUACUCACAGAUUUGAAAAAGCACCAAGCAAUGAAAGAACUGCAGAAAUUGAGCAGCUAAGUCAGGAUGACAUUGAAAUAUACCUGCAGAACGAGUCUGUUGUUGCAUCUCAGUCAAGUAGUCAGGAAAUCCGGGCUGACUCAUGCUGUGCAGGGCAAGAAACCAAGAAAAAAAAAUACAAUUGAAAUCACUGAUUGCCAAGCAAAGAUGGUCGUGACAUUGAAAGAGGGGGACAGAUGGAUAGUGACAAGUUUUGAGAUGCAGCAUAACCAUGCGCUCAGUCCCCCUGGUGAGGCUAAAUACCUUAGAUCCCAUAAACACAUGACAGAUCACGAAAAACUGCUGAUCAGAACUUUGAAUUCUGUCAAGCUACCUACCAGGAAAAUCAUGACAAUUCUUGCUGUCAUCAGAGGUGGGCUAUCGGCAGUGCCAUUCACAAAGAAAGACGUAAGCAACUACAAGACAGCUAUAAGGAAUGAAACAAACCAAAAUGAUAUGAUGAUGGUCCUAGAUUACUUCAGGAAGAGGCAGAUGCAAGACCCACAAUUCUACUAUGCUUUCAAGGUGGGUGAUGAAAGUAAAGUUGAGAAUAUAUUUUGGGUUGACGGCAACUCUAGAAGAUUUUAUCAAUUGUAUGGGGACUGUAUCAGUUUCGAUACAACAUAUAGGACGAACAUGUAUAACCUGCCAUUUGCACCAUUUGUUGGAGUCACAGGGCAUGCAAACAAUUGCUUGUUUGCUUGUGCCAUCCUUCAGAAUGAGACGAUUGACACAUUCACCUGGCUGUUUCAAGAGUUUUUGCUGUGCAUGGGAGGGAAAAUGCCUCAGACGAUAAUCACAGAUCAGGAUGUGGCGAUGAAACACGCAAUUCCUAAAGUAUUCAAGAAGACCACACACAGAAAUUGCUUGUUUCACAUCAAGAAAAAGGCAGAGGAAAAGUGUGCUAGGUGUUUUGCAACCAAAAAAAUGCUGCACCUAGAGUUUAAUGAUGUUAUUAACCGCUCCCAGACAGAAGAAGAAUUUGAGUCACUUUGGCCAGCAAUGCUGCGCAAAUACAACGUGGAACACAUCAAAUACUUCCAGCAAAUGUGGGAAAUGAGAAAGCAGUUUGUUCCUGUGUAUUUCAAGAAAGAUUUUUCCCCUUCAUACACUCGACAGCAAGGAGUGAGGGCACAAAUGCUAUAUUCAAAGAUAAUGUUGGAUCAACAUAUAGCAUAAUCAGUUUCCUUGGUGAGUACCAGAGGAUUGCCGAUAACAUAUUGGAGAAUGAAAAAGAACAGGAUUCAUUAACUAGAACAACAAAGCCAACUUUAUGGGCAGUGUCGGAACUAGAGCUGCAGGCAGCAAAGAUGUACACCGGGAAUAUUUUUUACAAAUUUCAAACUCAACUGAAGAUGACACAGAAAGUCCAUGCCGAAGAGAUUGAAAAAAAUGUCAGAUACGAGGUUUUCAAAUCAAGUAUGCUUGGUGAGUUGAUUUCAGAGAGAGGAAGUUCACGGUCUUGCUUGAUCGGACAAAUCAGGACAUAUCUUGCAUUUGUGCAAGAUUCCAAAAAGAUGGCAUAUUAUGCUGCCAUGCAUUAAAGGUCCUUUUGCACCUAAAUAUUUCUACUCUCCCAGAGAAAUAUUUCAUUGAAAGGUGGAGGCCAAAAGAAAUGAAAGAUUUCAGGGAUGCAACGAAUAAUGUGCCAAAGGACCUAACAGGAGAGAGCAGCCAUUUCAGGUACAACAUACUGACGAGAAGGCUCACGGAUUUGGCUGCUGAUGCCUCAGAGUACAAGGAAUCAUAUUCCUAGUUAGCAAAAAAAACAGACAAGAUGCAGAGGAAGGUAGCUGAGAUCAAAAAGCAGGUACAGAAGGAAGAGCAAGAUAGGCAGGACCCUGUUGAGGCUGAGCCUGUCAGUGAUGAACCAACUGUGGGCAUUCCUGAAGAAACAUAGAAACAACCUGAUGUUGCCAAGAGUAAAGGGCGCCAAAAGUACCAGGUAGACAAAAAACGCUUGUUGAAACUAUUUUGACAAAACAAAGGAUUACAUGCAGCCACUGUAGUGAGCAUGAUCAUAAUGUAAAGACUUGCAAAAACUUACACAUCAACAAGGAAGCACUGCAUAAUGGCAAAGCCGGCCGCAAAAACAAACGAGGACCAACUGCUCCAACCCGUGCAAACGCGCAAAAGAAACCAAAGAUUUCGAAUCCAGUAGUGGAUGCUCAGCGGUUAUUGGCCCAGGAAGAUGCAACGAUUCCAGAAGAAAGGAACAAGACAAAGAAGAAGACAGAUGCCGCAGCAAUAAACACCUCUAAGCUACACUCGCCUUCGAUUCCUCCAAGGGACUCGCCAUCGCAACGAAUCCGGAAACCAACAAUGAAAGUCCUUGAGAACAUGAUUUCAUGCACUCCCAGUAAGCAAAAGGCAGCUGUACAAGCCAAGAAAUGAGCAGGCUACAGAUUUUGCUGUGACUCGCUGUUUUAAACGAACUUAUUUACAAAAGGAAUUCAGUUUUGGCACUACAUUCAGCUUGUCGGUUUUACUACUCGUGCUUUGAAAUUUUGUUGUACUCAAAAAAAGGAAUCUUCUGUCUGUUUUAUCCAGCAUUUUUACAGCUCUUACGUCAUAUAGAACAAGCACAAAACGGUAAACAACAUCCUUGAUAAAAAAAAUGCAUGAGAAUGUAAUUAGAAGAAAUAUGGAAAACGAAAAAAUACCUGUAGAGGUCACGAUGCUCUUGGAAAAAAAGGUAGUCCAUGCCUCCCACGCUUACUGUCUUUUUAUUAUGCCUGCAAAAUCAGCACAAUUUUUUGAAAAAUACAAAGAACAUAGUGGGGCAUGGACACACAUAUAUACGCGCACCGCUUUUUAAGCAUUCCUCUUUAUCUCCGUACAAUAAAAAACCCGAAAACAUGUAAUGUAACCAGAAGAAAAAAGGAAAGCAGCAUUGCGUACACAUAAAAAAAAGCAAAAAAUUACGACAGAUGCAACAUUUCGGAAGUUCAUAUCUGUGCUUGUCAUCACCACAUAGAUUGUGGUCCCUAUUUGACAUGUGAAACAAAAAAAACAAUCACGGGCUGUUGUUUUUAUGGACAACAAAUAAAAUAAAACAAAUCUGAAAAA